AUGGAUUAUUUUAAGAAUUUGAGGAGUAGGAUUGCGCCUCAACGGGCACAGCCUACUCCCGCUGAACAUCUAGCAAAGUUCCGCAAAUCAUGGGACUACAUAAGGGCGCAAUUUGAAAAUGAGGGUAGCAAUUAUGCUGAUGUUCCUCAUCAUCUUAGACAAAUGAUUGACCUUCUCGUCGAUGAAGGUUUACGACUCGAAGACGUGAACACCGGUCUCUGCAUGGAGGAAUUCUUAAGAAACAAGAUCCUUGAUGAAUUGGUUAAUUAUGCGGAAAUUGAUGUUCCAAAGGGUAUUCGCGGUGAGAUCAUUCGAACGUUUGGUUCCAUGAUCGACCUCUUGGAUGAUCGAUUCUUGGUUCACAAUGCUGUGCACCAGCCAACCGUCUCCCUCUUGCGUAUGUGCGUCCACGACAUUCACGAUGACCCAGGCGAUAAAUAUGACGAAGAGCUAGUUGAUUUGAUGUAUCAUAUUUGUUCCAAGAUUCAUUCAUUUCCUGCGCUCUUGAACAUCUUCUUUCAUGACACCCACUGGCUCACAACACCGCAGAAGGCCUACUUGAGAAAAGAAUCCGAAAGUUCUUCGUCAAAUGGCGAUCAUGAUGGAAACCAGGAAGAAAGCGCUCUACCAGAAAAUUGUGCGUCCUCUGCGCCCACCAAGACAACCGAAUUUACCGAAGAUUCGGAGAAGCCAGAAUACGAAUUUUUACUUUUCACAUAUUUGCUUAAAUUCCUUCAUAAGGAAGGUAGAAGUGGCGAAUACGCAAGGUACGGUUUGCUCUUUAUUAUCGAGCUUGCGGAAGACGCAUUAGGCGAUUUUAUCAUUGAAAGUGAUUUUGCGACGAUCAUGGCCGCCGGACUGGGCGCACUUUAUUCGCAGCUACCACGAAAGUUGAUGGUCAAGAGUUCAGGCGGUGGAUUAACGAAUGCCACUCUUCUUGGUUUCGGUGACAUCGCGAGCGACGAACUUGAAGGAUUGCGCGCUAACAAUAUUCAGGUGUCUUCGUCGCCCGAAUUCAUAAAUCAGCUUGAUUCAUUUUUGAAAUUGAUGGAAUUCUGUCAGGAUGUGUUAAACAUAUGUCCCAACGUGGAUAUCUCUUUGGCGUUGCUUCAAAAUGUGAAGACUCAUUUUCUCAAAAACAUUUUGUACCCAUCAAUUUUGGAAUGCUCGGAUAAGGAUGGUUCGGCCGUCGCAGUCAUUUCGUAUAUCGAUAUCAUCAUGCAAACGCUGAGCCAGGAGGAUUUGGUUGACAUGGUAGUGGGAUUCUUGAUGGACUCGGAUGGAGAUGAUGAGGAAUUCUGGAAACAGGCUGCCGUUAACAAAAUGGCAAAACGUCAAAGCACCAUAAAUCUCUUUGAGGGUAUCGAGGCCAGCCCCAUAAAGUCUUCUCCUUACUUCACAGCCGAGGGUCGGUUCACCCUCAAGGACCUUAUUUUCUCGCGAUUACGAUCAUCCUCCGAACAAACUGUCAUUGCAACGUUGAAACUUCUCCACACGGUCAUUUCCAAACAUUGUCGUUACUCCUUGAAAUUAUUAAACAUUGAGUUGGAUGAGAACGCUACGUGCUUUCCAAGGCCAAACUAUCUUUUUGAUGAAUCCUACGGCAUUGACCCACACGGUAGCCUACACCAUAACAAAAAGACAACGAUCAGUCAUCACCUGAAAGAAUUGGAUCUUUUUUUCUCUUUGGUCUCCGCAAUAGAUCCAACCAAGAACAUGGACGUUUUUACAAAUGGAUAUGAAUCGUACGUUCGCGAUGCCGAAAUGAUCAUUGAGGCCGACGUGUGUUACAUAAAUGGUCUGGAUGUAGAGUGGACCGAAGAUGGGCCGAUCAGACCAAAAACAAACAAAUCGAAUGGACGACGUCUAUUAAAGAAGGGUAAUUAUAGGGGAAUGUCCGGUGUUAGAAGACACCGUCUUAAUCCCACGGACCGUGUAAAUCCUAACGAGUCACUCUUGCAAAUUCUCCUUGGGACACUAUCAAACUUCUUUGCCCACUCCCCUGAAUUAAACCUAACCUUGACUCGAGUUCUCUCGGCCUUGGCCGUGUGUCCCUAUCGAUCCCUAGAAGGUUGGCUUGUGUUCAGUGGUACCGACAGACUGGAUAAAGACAAUCGACGAGACUCAAACUUGAAGGAUUUCGAAAGCCUUCAAAACGAAGCGAAAAGUUUAGAAUUGUCGAUUGGCAUCGCAAGUCACGAUGGUCAUAUAAACGACGGAGAUAGCAAGCCGAUUAACGAUUUUGAUGAAAACGAUGAUCGAUCUAUUGAUUUUGACGCCGACAAGAGCCCAUCUGCUACAAAGGCAAUUGGAGCGACGCCGAUGUGGACUAACUUCCCACCUUUUUUCACAAUCUUUAAGACAUUGACGCAGCAAGUUGAUUAUUAUCGCAGUGAAAUUGAUGGGUUCAACCAAUACCUUGUAGAAAGACGGAACAAGCUAUUGGAUGCAGAUGAUGGGAUUGAUGAAAAUUUCUUCAGACAACCUGCCAAAAAAGCUAAUCAUCCACCUAACUCCAAUGUAAGGAAUCGGUCAAACACAUCACCAUCUCAAAAAAGUAGAAGAGCACGGGCUGACUCCGCGUCAAAUCCACCAUCCAAUACGACCUUAUACGUCAGCCCACUUCCGGCACAUUUCCAAGAGACUGAAAACAUCAAAAUUCAGCCUCUCUUUCCUACCCACUUUGUCAAUGCCGACGAGGAGGAAGAUCCGACCGAUCCACUUGACGAUGAAGAAGAUGAUGCUCCCAGAAAGCAAACAAGAACAAAAACAAAGGAAUCAAAACCCAAGGAGAUUUCGUUGAGUACACUUCUGAAUAAUGUGGUUAUCCUAGAAGAAGCUAUAAAAGAGUUGGUGGCUAUAGUGCAAGUGAGAAGAAGUCUAGGCAUUGAUGAAGUCCGAUACUUGUAA